AAAGAAAUUAACAAAUUACUUCUUAUUUUUCCUUUCUAUUUUUCUUGGGGGAAAGGAAAAUAAGAAGAGUACUGUUAAUUUUCAAUCAAUUUCCUGUUCUUAUUUGUAUCCAACUCAGGCAUAAGAGAUUCUGUCAUUUUCUCAGGACUUAGAAGCAAUGGAAUCCAAUACUAAAGAAAGUAAAAAAGAAAUUGAAAAUAAAGUUGCAAGAAUCUUGAAACUUAUUAAGACCCAUGGCCAGGACAAGAAAGGAAAAGUCCCAGAAGACUCAAGCAAAAGAUCAGAACUUGUUGAACUAGUUCAGGACUUUCAUAAACAAUAUCAAGCACUGAAUGCACAAUAUGAUAAUCUUAAAGGAGAAAUGGAAAAAAGAGUUCGAGGACGCGCGAGGAAAGGGAAGGAGAAAUCUUCUUCUUCUUCGUCUAGCUCUGAAUCAGAUGAGUAUUACUCAUCUGAGGAAAUAGAAAAUACUAGACAAAGAGCAUUUGGUAAGAGUCCUGCAAAUUUUCAGGCAGAUGCGCUGGAGUUUAUAUUAGCCUCGAGAAGUCCAGAAAAUAUGAGCUUUAUUGGUAAAUCACCAAGGGCUAGAAAACGAGAACUUUCGACACUCGUGAAGGUUCAUGAAUCUCAGGGUUCAGCUCAGAUAAAGGAGUUAGAAGGUCAACUAACUGUUUUGAGGAUGGAGUUAGAAUCUGUACGCAGCUUGAAAAAUGAUCUUGAAAUAAACAUUGAAGAUAAAGAAAAAGAAGCUAGAGUUCUUGGGGAUACAAAUGCUAAUCUGCAUACUCGAAUUUCAGAGCUUGAAUUGAUAUCAGAAAAGAAAGGAAAUGAAAUUUCCGCAAUGACAGAUAAAAUGGAAGAGAAUAUGAGACAAAUCAAGAAUUUGCAAGUGGAGAUAGACUCUUUACGCCUUGAAAAAGCUGAAGAAGAGAGUAAAAGAAAAGAAGUAUCUGCUCAAGUUAAAGUUAUGCAGCAAGAAUUGGAAUCUUUUCGAACGGAUAAAACUGAAUUGCAACUUCAAUUGAAUAUCAAAACAAAAGCAAUGAGUGAAAACUUGAUUCAAAUAGAAAGGCUGAAAGAUGAAAUAGCAAGAAAGACCACAUCUGAAAAUGGAUUGCCGCAAGAGAAAGAGAUUUUGAAAUUGGAAGUAAAUUCUCUACAUGAGAAAAACAGGCAAUUGGAAGAACUUUUAGAAAGUAGAAAAAAUGAUAGGCUGGAGGAAAAUGAAGCUUCUUCUCAAAUUAUGGCGCUAAAAGAAAAGGUUAAUAGUCUACAACGAGAGUUGGAUUCUUUGCAGAGUGAAGAUGCCACAGAAAAUAAAGAGCAUAGGCUAACCAAACAUCGAUCACUAGAUUUUGCCAGGUCACUUCAUAUCGAUCCAAACAUAUCUCCAAGACAACGAUCUUCUACAGUAUCCCCAAGAUAUCGAUCAGUGGAUUCUACUAGGUUAAAUCAUAAUGUUUUAGAAAGGAAGAUCGAUGAAUUAGCAGCAAAGUUUGAAAUGAAAACGGAAAAUCAUAUCCGUUUGUUGUCCCAAAGAAUCCGAGUUGCAGAACAAAUACAUGUUGAAACAAGAGAGAGCUGCAAGAAGAUACAAGCGAAGCUCGACCAAGAAAAUAAACAACUAAACGAAAAGAAAGCAACAUAUGAAGCUGAGGUCAAGAAAAUGAAGGAUAUGUUAUUGAAACAAGGAAGCAAUAUAUUGACAGGACUGGAUUUGAUGGUUAGAAAAUUAGAUGAAGAAAAUGAUAAUUUCAUAAACCGCAUUUCAAGAAUCUCAGAUGAACUUCAGAUUGUAAAUAACUGGAUUACAAAGAAAGACAAUGAGAUAAAGAAACUGAAACAUAAUUUGGAAAAUUUAGAAGAGGAGGAAUUCUUGCUAAGAGAAAAAGUGGGGAAGCUGGAAACAGAAUUGAACGCAGCCGUUUUGGAACCAAGCAAGCAAGAUGCUGCUAGUACUGCCAGCCAACUUGAGAGAAGAGUAGAAGAUUUAGAGCAGCAAUUGAAAGAGAGGGAUCAGAUUUUGUCAAGUCUUGGUGAUGAAAAAAGGGAUGCUAUAAGACAACUAUGUAUUUUGAUUGAUUAUCAUCGCCAUCGCUGUGAUCGUCUCAAAGAAGCAGUAGCAAAGAUGAAUGUAAAAUUCAAGAAAUCAGCUUAAUUUAUUUAAUUCAAGCA